AUGUCGAGCCCGUCCACGGGCAUCUGUGGCUGCGAAAAAUCCGCAAGCUCCCUUGCGUCUUGCCUGCCAUCCAAGGGCGUCUUCGACUUCAGCAUCCUCGCAUCUAUUAAUCAGCCGCUAAACGACCACUGGAAGCUUGUCGAGGCUUGCAAACAUCCUCUUCACAACAACGGCCUCAUCCCUACUGCUAUCAAUCUUUCGGAGACCAUCUUUUGCCUGUGCAGUGCUGCAUGUACCUCCUACGGCCUUUUUGACGGUGAUGUUGCGGCCAGUAUCGAAAAUGACAAGAUACCGAUAGCGAUGGGCCCAAACGACAACGGCAGCGCUUCUCCAUCCUGGAGAUGUUCUAAAAGCUCCAUGUCGCUGGGCAGAUUUAUCAUUCACGGCGAAGAAGAGAGUCUUCUGGCUCGACAGAUUGUCUGCGUGGCGUUGACGAAUCUGAGCACUCUGUUACGCGAGAUGAGCUCGCUCGAUAAGGACCCGGCAGACACCCUUGCAAUGAGCUCUGGGCCCGGCAACUUGUAUGGCCGCGAACUGGAUGGGCAAGUCAGCCACGCACUUUCAAGGGUUUUAUCGCUCCUAGGCAAGAUAUCUUCCGAGUAG